GGAGCUGCAGGAGCUGCAGGAGCUGCAGGAGAUGAAGAAGGAGCUGCAGGAGCUGAAAGAGCCUGACCUGAAGAAGAUGAUGCAGAAGCUGAAGGACCUGGAGCAGAUGAAAGAGGAGCUGAAAGAACUGGCAGAGCAGCAGGAGAUAACCAAGGCCACGCUGCAGAAGUUUAUGGCCGAGAUGGCCGAGCUGAUGCUGGCCCAGCAGGAGAAGCUGAGGGCACCUGAGGGCCCGAGGCAGGAGCAGGCAGCGUGCCCUACCUGCAGUGGGGACACCAGGGCGCAGGUGGGGCAGCUCCUCCGGCGCUAUGAGAACCUGAAAGAGGUGGUGGACGCCUUGAUGUCCCGGAAGGCGGGGGGCAAGAUGGUCAGGCAGCUGCCGAGGAAGAGCCAGCAGGAUGAGGAGCUGCUGAAACAGAUCCAGGCCAUGGUCAUGCAGGUGCAAGGGGACCACGAGAAGCUGAGCUCCAUCGUGGGCAACAUCCUGGAUGAGAGUCACCAGAAUCAGCAAGACAUCAAGGUUCUGUUCCAGUCCAUGGAAAAGUUGGCAAAGGAGAAAGCAAACAAAGAGGACCUGGAGUUGGGAAUCGAUGUGAAAGCCGACAAAAGCGCCCUGGCCGGCAAAGUCAAUCACUCUGAGUUUGACGCGUGGAUGGAGCGGCUGAAGGAGAUGUUCCAGGAGAUGCUGAGCCGGGUGACGGGCCAGGAGCAGGUCCAGCAGCAGCUCAGCAAAGAGCUGGCCACCAAGCUGGACCGGUUGGAGCUGGGGCCUUUCCGGCAGCAGCUGGAGGGGCAGUGGGAGACCAUCCUGGAGCAGCUCCAGGGGAAGGCGCUGCAGGCAGAGGAGGAUGAUGCCGCUGGGAUUAGGAAGCUGCUGCUGGCACAUUUCCACUGUCUCUCGUGUGAUCGGCCCCUCGACGUGCGUGUACCUGGCCCGUGCAUCGUGACCAUCCCGUCCUCGCCCCCGCUGCUCCCCCACUUCACCGGACAGACCCACAGCAGCCUCAAGCCGGAGCAGGAACAGCAGGACGGCCGCAGGUCUCAGUUUCAAGGGGGCUGA